CGCCAACACCUUACACCCUCCAAAUUUGAGUUUCUUCACUUACCCCGGGACUUCGAUCUUCUAUUGCAUUUGGGAAUACACAGGAAGGCGAAUGACAGAACUAAGGAAUCUGAAUGUUCCGAAAUCUAGUAAGAUGAAACUAUCGUAGUUUUAGACUUUUUAGUCAUUUGGAACUUUAAACGGGUCCAAAAAUCCAGAGAUUGAUACCGGAGAAAGAUCCAAGAAGUCAUAAAGAUGAUGUCUCCAAGGCCGAUCUCUGAAGACCGAGGAACUUCUCAUUCUGCUUCGUUCAGGCAUACUCCAUUGCAGAUAAUCCACAUUAUUGGAAACUUAAUGAGAAUAUGGUCAGUCUACUCCAUGUACCACUAUUUAUCAGAGAAUGGAGCUUCGGUUGUGGCUUUUAUCUUCAGUUGUCUGGUUCCGUCUUCCAUUCUCUUUUUAGCAUUGCAAAGGCCUUGGAAGGGAAGGCCUCUGGCCAAUACACAGGUGGUGCCUUCUAUAAUCAAUGGUGGCAUAACAGCAUUAUACUUUGUAAUGUGGGGGAAGGGCCUUAGGUCAUGUGGACCUCUUAGAGCCAUAAUGGCUGAGUAUGCUGGUGCUGUUCUUGGCGUUUUAUCUGCAGUACUCUAUGGACGGAGGGGCAACAUUUGGAAAAAGGUCGGUGGACUCAUUGCAAUGAUGGCAUCAUUCUACUUCUUAUCUCAAGGGUGGGCUAUGGCCACAUAUUCACCAUUCUCUUUUAAAGACAACAUUGACACGGAGGCUAAGGCAGAGGAAGUGUUAGGGAUGAAGCAAAUGAUAAUUCCUAUAAUUGCUGGAAUUUUAUCAGCAUUGAGAAGGGUGAUCGCAAGACGUGUCUCACUCAAGAAUCAGCUAAAAAGGCGACUACAUGCAAUAACUAUUACUUCUGCAACAUGCUUUCUUUUUCCUUUGGCCAUGUGGGACAUGAUAUUAGGCUCUGCUUCUGGUAGCAGCAUAAAUUUGCCGUUUUCUACAUGGGCUUAUUUGAGCACCAUUCUUUUCGGAGUUGUCUUAAUAUUCUAUGUUGACAGCGUUGCUGAGGAGAGAUUGCAUAUGGUCUUCUCAUCUCCAAGGCACUUAAUGGUAGCUGGAGGAUGCAUCAUCAUCAUGGAGAUUGUGUACAAAAUGGAUUUUUCAUUACUGGGAUUCCUAAUUUGCUCUAUAAUUUUGGGAUUUGGAAUCUUUGAAGCCACUUCUUUGGAACGUAUCAGGAAAGAUUCUGUUCAACCAUCAGAUAUACCGGAGGGAAAUUUUGAGAAUGAAAUGCAUAUUCCGUCACUUCCAACUUAACUUGAAUGGAGGACUAAAAAUAGGAGCACAACCGUUAAAAAACUUCCCCCAUCCUUAGGUUUUAUUAGGACUGGGAGCUGAGCCGGUAUCUUUUCUUGUUAGGUUUUAAAACAUUGAUUGUUGUUCCUUUGUUCUUUCAAGGGGAGCCAUUGCUCUUGUUGUAUGUACAGUAACUUACAGGCUGAACCUGCUUGGAAUAAUUAAUUGAUCAUAUCAUUCACUUUGGAUAUAGCUAGUAGCUAUAUUUUCCUUCUCGACCUCCAAUAUUUCCUUGUUUCUCAGAA